AUGCCGUCCAUUGGGAUGCUGAGGCAAGCCGUGGGCCAAAUGGUGCGGAGCCUGGCCUGUGGCUGUUGGACAUCUGUCCUGCCAGUCCGGUUUCUGGGCGUCUCCCCUCGACAAAUUCCAGCAGACGCCAACUUCCACUCUGCCUCUUUCUCUGAAACAGACCAUCCACGAGUCUUAAUUACAGGGGGUCUUGGCCAGCUGGGAGUGGGGCUUGCUACCCUUUUGAGGAAGCGAUUCGGGAAGGACAAUGUGAUUCUGUCUGACAUAAGGAAGCCCCCUGACCAUGUCUUCCAAAGUGGCCCGUUUAUCUAUUCCGACAUCCUGGAUUACAAGAAUCUCCGCGAGAUCGUGGUCAACAACCGUAUCACCUGGCUGCUUCAUUAUAGCGCUUUGCUCAGUGCCGUUGGGGAAGCGAACGUGUCCCUGGCGAGAGCCGUGAACAUCACAGGACUGCAUAACAUUCUGGAUGUUGCGGCGGAACAUAAGCUGCGGUUGUUUGUGCCCAGCACGAUCGGGGCCUUCGGACCCACCUCUCCCCGGAACCCAACCCCGGAUCUCUGCGUCCAGAGACCCAGGACCAUCUAUGGGGUGUCCAAGGUCCACGCGGAGCUCAUGGGAGAAUAUUACUAUUACCGAUAUGGGUUAGAUUUCCGAUGCUUGAGAUAUCCUGGAAUCAUUUCAGCUGACUCCCAACCUGGAGGAGGAACAACUGACUAUGCAGUCCAGAUUUUCCACGACGCCACCAAGCACGGCAGAUUCGAGUGCAACCUGGAGCCCGGCACGAGGCUUCCGAUGAUGUACAUUGACGACUGCCUCAGGGCCACCCUGGAGGUCAUGGAGGCCCCCGCUGAGGCCCUCUCCAUGAGGACUUACAACGUCAACGCCAUGAGCUUCACCCCUGAGGAGCUGGCCCAGGAGGUUCUCAAGCACGUGCCGGAAUUCCAGAUCACAUACAGCGUGGACGCUGUCCGACAGGCCAUAGCGAACAGCUGGCCGAUGAACUUUGAUGACAGCAACGCGCGGAAGGACUGGGGGUGGAAACACGGUUUUGACCUUCCGGAGUUGGUGACUACGAUGUUGAACUUCCACGGUUCUGAAACCAGAGUUGCCCAAGCUAACUGA